AUGUAUGGUACCGGUAUGAUCAAUUCGGUUUAUUUGACCGACGAAUAUGCUACCGAAUUCCAAAAGACUUUGUCCGGUAGGAGUCAAUUUUCGAAACCUUUUCCGCAUUUUUGUCUCCCUAACUUUUUUGCUAGCAAAGAGUUUGUGGACGAUCUACGAUCAGAGUUGAAGAGUGUACGGUAUGAUCGUAAAGAUAAUGACCUUUAUUCACUGAGUCAAACAGCUGAUUUGUCGAACUUUGAUGCUAGCAAAUUUCCAACGCUGACAAAAUUCAGGGAUUUGUUUAAGGACGAUAUUCUACAUUGGCUACGUAGUGUAUCUGGUGUCGACUUAAGCGCUGAAGUGGCAAUAACUAGUAGUAAUUAUAAUUACACCGAUUUACUCCUACCACAUGAUGAUCAAUGCGAGGGACGCAAAUUUGCUUUCACAUUUUAUUUGACACCAGAUUGGAAGGAGAGUGAUGGUGGACAGUUAUUACUGUAUAAUUGCGAUGAUGAUAAUAAUCCCAUAUCGGUUGCCCAAAUUAUGAACCCAAUAGAAAAUAUGCUAAUAAUAUUCGAAGUAUCACAACGAUCAUGGCAUAUGGUUACUGAAGUACUUUCGCAGAAAGAGCGUCUCUCACUACACGGUUGGUUUUAUCAUACUGAAUGUGAAGUUUCUGAUAAACUAAAAUUAUCAUCUCCCGAAGGAAAAUUGAAACCACACAUGAAUAUUACUUAUGAAGAAGUGUUGGAGUGGAUUAAUCCCAAGUAUAUCGAUCCCUUACAGCAGUCGAAAAUCCAAUCCAUUUUCGAAGAGAAUUCCGAAAUCAGUUUGUUUGAUUUUAUCCGUGAGAAUAAAUUUGAGUUAGCUCUACACGAAUUAUACAGUGCAUGUUUCGAAGAUAUUGGACCGCUUAAUAAAAGAAAAUUGGAACGUUUACGAGAAUAUGCAUUACCAUUAGAUAGCAGUCUGCUCUCACUUUUACGUUUAGUGCGAUCCCAGGCGAUGACAUUACUUCUCUCGCAAUGGACUGGUCUAUCUGUGCAUUCUGUUGAUGAUUGCAGCAGUGAACCGGAUACUAAAAAGAAAAAAGUUGAUGAAAAUGAAUGCGGAAGUGUUACAACCUAUGACGAUAUCGAAUGUUGUUCAUCAGUAUAUCGAAUUGGAAAAAGUUCUUAUACUAUGGUCGACGAUGAGGUUGUUAGUGAAACGGAACAACUUGGCUGUUGUUUAGAUUUUAAUCUAUUUUUAUUUGCAAGUGAAUGGGAUGAUGAGCAUGGAGGAUUCAUAAGCUAUUUCACAAAAAAUGAAGAAGAAGAGAUUCUAAGGAUAUCUCCUGUUCGGAAUAGUGCUGCUUUGGUAUUUCGUGAGCCUGGGGUAUAUCCAUUCGUGAAAUAUGUGAAUUGUAAGGCAGGCGAUAAACAUUAUUAUGUAAUUAACUGUUCUUUUUACGGUUUUUCAGUAGAUGAUUGUUCCAUUGGGAAUAACGAUGAUGUUGAAAGAGGUGAUGGAGCUGGACCCAGUUGUGAUAGAAUCUGCUAG